UCAUUGCUCCUCUGCCAAGUCGCUUCUACGGUUCUCUACGGCGGCAGAGGGACUCCUUCGAACGCCUUCUCCCGACGAUUGCAGAAGAGAAGGACUCGAAGAAGAGGGUUCUGGAUUUGUUUGGGAGGCGAAGCGCUUCCAGAUAUCCGUUGGAAUGGCGACGACUCAGCCAGCACCGAGCUUAAUCGGAAAGAUGUUAUUUUUGUUGGAGUUCGAUUCGAGUUCUUGCGGUUCGAUAAGCAGUCUACGAGAGCAUUAGCAGUCUGUAUCCCCUUUCCGAAAUCUAUGAUUCGCAUGAUUUAUCAUCUUCCUGAGACUUUCAUACAUGAUGGCCUGAUUCCAAAGGGGCAACAUUCUGAGACUCUAGGGAGCCGCUGGAACCUUCAAUUAUUGAUGCUGAACAGAAACCUGUCAGCAUGGAGAACUUGAAUGAGCAGCCACCUUCAGCUGAAGUCGAGAAAAAUGUUUCACCUGAUUCAAGUGCCAUUGAUCAUUCGAGAGAUGCUCUGGGUCAGUUGGUUUCUCCAAAUGCAGUCGGAGACCUCAGUGCUUCAUUUCCUGGCUACAUUAUGUAUAGCCCUCAGACACAAAUGUACUAUUAUGGAGGGUAUGAGAAUCCAACAGGUGAGUUCGAAGAAUACACUCAUCACUUUAACACUGAAGGCAUGGAAGUUGGAUCAGCUGUUGCCUACAGUGAGAACCAUCCACUGGCAUACUAUACUAAACAUGGAUGCAGUCCACAUAUACCUUAUGGACCCUAUUAUCCAGUUACAAUGCCUCUUUAUUCUAAUGGUGGAGACGUUCUGUAUUACGCCCCUCAUCAUUUCUCAUUCUCGGGCACUCAAUGCCAGCAGACAGCUCAUCCUAGCAUGCCACAUCUAUCGUCUUCAGCUCCAAUAUCACAAAUUGAUUUUACAGCACCAGUUGAUCAAGAAGGAGCUCUUCUUGCUGAUACUGCUAAUUCAAACAGCACUUGUUUUGGACCAAGACCUGGCUAUCACUUAUCAUAUGGCUCCUAUGGUAGAGAUUGGAGGAUUUUUCCAGAUGGAACAUUUUCUGUGUCACCUUCGCCAUCAUCAGCUGUCUCCAUCAGACUGGGACGACAAAUACCAUCGUGUGGCUUUGGAUCAUUUGUCAACUCUUACAACAGAUGGUACCACAAUAGUGGGCUUCAUCAUGAUAGUACUUUUGGAGUGUCCUAUCCCAGGGUAGGGAGUAAUGGCCGGAGCUUGAUAGCUGCCGGCAAAAUCACUAAGCAAGAAAGGGGAAAUGCUCCAUUUGGUCGUUCUAAUGGCACUCUCGAGUUUCUCAGUGAGCAAAACCGAGGGCCACGGGCCGAUGGAUCAAAGAAUCGAGCGAACCAACAGCUUUCAGUAAAUGAGAGUGUUGGUGUCAGUUGCUCUCGAGGAGUUGAUCGUAAACUGUACAAUACCCUGGACUUUGGUACAGACUACAAGGAUGCCAGGUUUUUCAUAAUCAAAUCUUACAGCAAGGACAAUGUUCACAAGAGCAUUAAAUAUGGUGUUUGGGCCAGCACAUCCAAUGGGAACAGAAAGUUAAAUUCUGCUUAUGUAGAAAUGAGGGAGCAAGAACAUUCCUACCCUAUUUUCUUAUUUUUCUCGGUGAAUGCAAGUGGACAUUUUUGUGGUGUGGCUGAGAUGAUUGGGCCUGUUGAUUUUGAAAAAAGUGUGGAUUAUUGGAACGAGGACAAGUGGACCGGUCAAUGCCCAGUCAAGUGGCAUAUUGUGAAAGAUGUUCCCAACACUAUGUUUCGGCAUAUUAUUCUUGAGAAAAAUGACAAUAAGCCUGUAACCAACAGCAGGGACACCCAGGAGGUUAAACUGGAGCAGGGUCUGGAGAUGCUAGGCAUUUUCAACAAGCAUGAGUACGAGGAAUCAAUCCUUGACGACUUUGAGUUCUACGAGGAGCGGGAAACUGCCCUUAGACAAAGGAAGGCUUGUGAGCAUCCGACCCCGACCAACUCCAUCAGCCAGAUCUCAAAUAGCUUUUCUCAGGCUGUCCGGUUUUGAAGAAGAAACAUGCAAUGUCGGAAAGCCAGGACAGUAUUUCUGACAAAAAGGAUGAAGAUGAAGAUCUAUUGUUGGAUCGUUGCAUCACCUGUUGUUGGCAGGAUGUAACUAUGGUUUUGCUGGAGCAGUUGUGCAGUGUGGCAGUCUUUUAGUAAUUUCAGGCUUUAUCGACCUUAGGCCUGUGAUUAUUUGUCUCAACCCCAACUUGCUAUGUUCUCGGUGCUUGCUUUAGUUUCCUUGUAUUCAGUCCUAAGCAGAACUACAGUUUUAUAGAAGAUUCUGUGAAGUUUCUUGGUUGAGCCCUAUAUAAAUCUCUGAUCCCAUCUA